AUGCCUGCCGAGGAGGAUCCAGAGGAGGCGGCAGCAUGGGCUGCCUUGCGAGAAGCUUUCGGGGAGCCCAGCAGGAUGCUAAGCAAUGCCAAGGAUGGCCGCAAGGUGCCUGCCAGGUUCACAAGCGACAGCGGUGUAGUGUCCAAACAGCCUCAUCGAGGGCUCGACUUGGCACAAGAUCAAGCUUCUGGUCAUUGGCUUCAGUCCGAGGUUGACCGAUUGGUUGGUGAGGUUCAGCGCGUUGCUGGACAGCCCUUUUCUGCCAAGCUGUUGCAGGCACUCUGGCACUUACCUCUGGAGGAACAGCAAGAGGCGCUUCUGGGAGCGCGUGCAUUGGGCUCCAGGAGUGACGAUAGUGUUUGGCAGCUCUUGGCAGAUGAGGUGCAUGCUCGGGAGGACAAGCAGCCGGUCAAAGCGACACCGCCGACGGCACCAGCUCUGCUAGGACCCCAAAAGAGCAAAAAACAGACGAAAGGUCCUGGUGCUCGAGUACGCUCUCGCUCGAGAUCACCAUCGAUUUGA